AUGAAAAAUGAUUUCAUGCUUCAAUGGCACACACCUUACUGCCAAAAUGUCAUCAAUGGCACAUUAAAAACCAAUAAAAAUGGAAUCGUUUUUGAAUUUUGUGCUGUUGUAGGUUGGCUAUGGAACAAAAUCAUAGUGAAAGCUUUAAAAGCUUUCCAAUAUUUUCUAAAGCUUUAUACUUUAAUUAACUUCUUUUCUGAAGCACGAAAACAUUUCACGACUGACAAUUUAAUUGAAUAUGUUCAAUGUUCCAAUUCAGCACUCAUUCUAGUUGGAAGUCUUUCUUUGUGCGGUUUGAAGGUUAAAAAUGAAUUUUCGGUACACGAUGACAAUAAAGCUUCCGUCGUUACAGUUAACUACUCAAAUAAAUGCCUUUUAAACGACAACAAAAAUGAAAAAUUAUAA